CUUCAUUGAGUCUUUGCGAACAAGUGCGAAUCUGUUGUGGUUUUCUAAUAUGAUCAGUACCCAUAACGUAGUCGACAUGUUAUCCUUGAUUGUGAUAAUUUUAAUGUGUACUGUUUUCAAUGGUGUGGUGUUCGGUAAGUGUAUAGAUACGUGGAGUGCACGAGAAACGGACGUUUGUCAACCAGAUUGUCUCAGCAAAAUAUACUGCAUAGGAAAAGUUGGCAAAAACACUACACUAUUGCACGAUGUUCAAGUUAGCAAAAUAUAUAGCGACGGUACAACAUUCGUCAAAAGCAGAAUGAAAUACUCAGAAGGUGAAAUUUUGAAGAACUACACCAUUGCAAAAAAUAAAAACCCCAAUAAACGACUCAACGAAACUCAAUUGGAAGAUUUUGUGAGAAAAAACUUUGAAAAUAAAACCCUGGAAUGCGGAAAACUGGACGAUUUCAUGGAAAACCCUCCCUUUAUUCAGAAAAUUGAGAACCCUGAUCUUAAAGAUUGGCUUUUUGAAUUGAAUCAAAUUUGGAAAAAUUUAUCGAGAAAAAUGCCGGAAUCUCUUCGAAUAGAAGAAGAGACAGGAAACAUGAGGUCUUCUUAUAUUUACGUGCCGAAUACAUUUAUAGUGGCUGGCGGCAGAUUCGAUGAAAUGUACUACUGGGAUACGUAUUGGAUCAUAAAAGGAUUGUUAGCGUGUGGAAUGCACAAUACUACGAAAGGAAUUAUUGGAAACAUGAUUCAUUUGGUCAAGAAAUAUGGCUUCGUACCGAAUGGAAAUAGAAUUUAUUAUUCAAAAAGAUCGCAACCACCAAUGCUCAUACAAAUGGUAGACGUUUAUACGAAAGAGACUAACGAUGAAAGCAUAAUCAAAGAAAACAUGCAAAUGCUUGAAAAAGAAUUCAAGUGGUGGGUGGCUAAUCGGCGAGUAGAUGUGACAAUUAAUAAAACAAGGUACAAUUUAUUUCAAUACAACGCACCUAGCUGCUUUCCUCGGCCUGAGUCUUAUAAAGAAGAUUACGAGCUCCUGGAGAAUUACUCUUCUGAAGAUCCUGAGGCAACAAAAGAAAUCUACACUGGAAUCAGAUCAGCUGCAGAAUCAGGAUGGGAUUUUUCUAGCAAACAUAUGAGAAAUCCAGAAAAUGCUAAAGAUAAGAAUGUUGGCUUGAGGGAUACGUAUCCUCCUCAAUAUGCCUAUGUGGAACUGAACAGCAUUAUGUAUUCGAAUGCAAAAUUACUAGCUGACUGGAAACGCAAAUACGAUAGUAAAAGUGAAGCCAAACUUUACGAAAAGUGGGCCAGCAGUUUAUCAAAUGCGAUAGAAAAUGUGUUGUGGAACGAUGAGGUAGGUAUAUGGUUAGAUUUCGACAUAGAAGCUAAAAAAAGCAGGAACUAUUUUUAUGCCAGUAAUUUCGCACCACUGUGGAGUAAAACUUACAAGAAUUCUUCCAAAGUAGAUCGUGCUAUAAAAUAUCUAGAAGAAAACCACAUGAUAUACUCGAACUUGACAUCUAAAUAUUAUGGACUACCCGCGAGUGCUGAUAAUGAACUUGAAUCGAAACAACAGUGGGAUUUUCCGAUUGUUUGGGCCCCCUUACAAUUUUUCAUCAUUCGAGGAUUAAAAGAAAGCAAUAACCCGAGAGCUGAGAAAGUUGCGUAUAGCUUAGCUACAUCUUUCUUGAAAACAUCGUAUGCAGCUUACGUAAGAGAUAAAGUAAUGUACGAAAAAUACGAUGCUACAACCUACGGAAGAAUUGGAAGUGGGAGGGGAGAAUAUGAAGGUAGCGAAACUGGAUUUGGUUGGACAAAUGGUCUCGUCUUCGAAUUAUUCAACUUGUGGUCUUGUUUUCCAUUGACAUCGAAUAUUACCUGCCCAAAUUCAUCGAAAAUUUAAAUCUUACUUAUCAGACGGUUUCCUGUGAUAAAUUAUGAAUUUAUGACCUACUUCACUCAUGCAUGAUUUUUAUUUUUUUAUACAUUUAGUAUGUAGUCAAAGGUUUUAUAUGUAUAAAAGAUUGCUCAUAAUUAUAUUUUUGUGCUUAAC